AUGCAAAAAACUCGUCGCACUCUUCUUUAGUCUACAAUCUACAAAUCAGCAUCUGGAAAUUUUUCGAAUGUGUAUUCAUUGUUAAUAAUUGAAAUAAAAUAAGAAAUAAGUUAUAAAAUUAUGUUAAGUGCCAUGAUUGUUGUUUUAAUCAGGUACAAUCUAUCGCUGAACUAAUAUCUAAAGAUGGAGACUGGUACUUUUUAAGGAAGAAGUUUAAUUGAUCGCUGUUAAUUUUCAUAUUACAUCCUGUGUAAAGAUUUGUACCAUUUGAUUUUUGCAUCAUGUGUGGAAGUUUUACUUGCUCAAAAAAUGCUCUUAUUGCAUUGAAUCUGAUUUACAUUCUUGUUUCUUUUAUUCUGAUUGGUGUUGCAGCUUAUAGUAGGGUCGCCAGUAUCAUCACAAAUUUAGCAAUUGUUGGUGGCAUUAUAGCAUGUGGUGUAUUUUUAUUUCUGCUAUCGCUGAUGGGCCUUAUUGGUGCUGUGAAACAUCACCAAGUUUUAUUAUUUUUUUACAUGCUGAUACUCUUUUUAUUGUUCAUAAUUCAGUUCAGUAUAGCAUGCGCCUGCUUAGCUGUUAGUGCAGAACAACAGCACCAAAUCGCCAUGGAAGGCUGGCGCAAAGCAAAGCUACCUAUAAAGAUUAAAGCGCAAACCUUUUUCCGCUGCUAUGGAUUUGAGAAUCAAAGCUUGCCACCAGAUGCACCACUUGGUGGAGGAGUAUAUUAUCAAAAUAUUUCUUCGUGUGCUGGGGAAGUUAACCGGUGUCCUCCUUGUUGGAAAAUACUUAGGAAUGCAAUUAAUAACAGCUUGAAAAUCUGUGGAGGGAUCGGACUCUUUUUUAGCUUCACUGAGUUUGUGGGAGUAUGGCUGACUGUUCGCUAUCGUAACCAGAGAGAUCCUCGAGCUAACCCUAGUGCUUUUCUCUAAUACUAAUAUAUUACAGCUUUUAGCUGUGUUUUUGACCCACAGAUAUCGUCAGUUAUGGUUGCCCUUUAAAGAGAGAUUAUUCUUUUUAUGAAUACAGAAAAUUCAUUUUAUGCUUUAUUUUAUGUAUCUCAUGUUAUUUAUUUCAUUAUCACUUCAUUUUAUUUUAUUUUGCCAUUGUGAUACAUACAUGUGCCAUAAAAUGUAUUAUUAAUGCAAAUUGUACUAUGCAGGUAUUUUUAUUGUUAUUAUUAAUAAUCUAAAAACCCUUAAUUAUUGCUUUUAUUAUUUAAAUUAAGAAUUUGCUUAUUUAAAAAUGUGAAACUUAUUCAAAUGAUAAAAAGGAUACUAAUAUUUUUUUCUUUAAAUAUUUUGUUUUGUUUGUUACUAUGCAGUUUAUUACUUAUUGUAUUCAGGGGUCUGUCCAGACAUUUUGUGAAAGGUCCUGUUUUUGUAAAAUUGUGAAAAAAACUAUUUAUAAUUUGUGAAUAUAAAAUAAGUGUUAAGUCACAUUCUUUUAACCAGGAUCCUGUUUUUCUGAAUUUGUGCAAAUAGGGUCCUGUUAUUGCAAAAAUUGCUAAAAACCUUUUCAAAAUGUUUUUAAAUUGUAAAUAGAUAAAGGAUUCUGCUCAACAAUUGUUGCUACUAAAUUAGAGAUGCAACUUACCUAUAUUUGGCAUUUAGCCUAAACUGCCCAGCAUAGAAUAUUCAUUUUGGACGAAUAAUCAAAACAUAAUUACUCACAUUUUUAAUAAUUUCAAUUGACGUAUUUUAAAUAACACAACUUAGAAAUGUAUCACUUUUAAUGUGUUACGCAUUAGAUAAACUUAAGCAAUUCUUAAAUUUGGAAUAUUUUGUUUAAAAAAUUGCCAGAAAUUAAUUGUUAUGUACAUAAUAUUCUAUUAAUUAAUUUUAUGAACAAAUAUAAAUUGAUCAAUUAAUUAUUUACAAAAAAAUAUGGUUUAAUAUUAAUAAGAAUGUGUACAUGAUGUUUUAUAAAAGUAGAAAUAUUUUCUUAGAAUACUAUAUUUGAAAUUUAAACUUAGGGAAACUUAGUUUGUCUCGAACCGUCUUUUCCCCCACCCCCAGGAAGGGUUUAUUCCAUUAACAAAACAAUAAUGAAGAUAAGCAAAUUUGUGAAGGGUCCGAUUAAAAGAUAAAUUAUUAUGUGAAGGAUCCGUAUUUAUGAAAAGAUAUUUUGUGAAGGAUCCGUUAACGGACUCAAAUUUCUUCUAAACAGACCCCUGGUAUUAUAUACAGUAUAUUUCAUAAGUAAGCUGCGAGUUUUAUCAAUUAAAGUGUUUAAUUUUCUGUUGCUAGUAAGUAUAAGCCAAUUUUAAUCUCUAUUAGUAAAAUAUUAUAUUAGUUAUGUUUUUAGAAAUUUUUUUUUAAGUGUGUGCGCAAUAUAUAUAUAUAGUCUAUGCUCUUUAAUAACACCUCCUCCCCCUGUUAGUGUAGCCCUUUCAUCAUAACCAUUGCUACCUGAAGUACCGUUUGCUGUUCUAUAAAUGCAAUGUUAUUUUAAUACUCAUUAGAGUGUCCUUACUGAACUGUUAAAAUUUUAUUUAAUUCCCUGAAAAAUAACUCCAAAUACAGGCGUUAGACAUUUUUGCUCUUUUCAAACUGAAAUUUUUCCAAUGACAAUGAAUCAAUCGAUAACAAAAGUCUCGAGAAUGUAAUUCAAACCACAAUUUAUUUUGAUCUCACCGCUCAAUAUACAUGAAACAUCUUGAAUUCUCUAAACAUGAAAAAAAGAGUGAUAGGACCACCUAUUAUCAAUCUAGGAGAUCUUGGACGAAAUCUAUGUCAAAAGAACUGUGAAAUAUCGAUUGCUCACCAUGAUUGAUGAUUAGAAAUGUGUAUUGCACUAUCAUUUAGAGAUAGUAGUUUCCCGCAUAAUCAUAAUGUUUCAAAAUUUAUUUUGAAAGGGUUCAAUAUAUUUAUCAAUCAUAUUUUUCUUGUUUGAAAAUUAAAAUAAAUGUUGUACAAUUAAAUUAAAAUUCAAAUUCUUCCCUAAUAAGAGCCUUCUAUCCUAUUCAUGUAUAGUAAAAAAUUUCUUUUUCCAUAAGACUUGGUUACCAAAAGGUUUAUGUAUUUAAUUAUUGAAAUAAAUUUAAUUAGUAAUUCUAUGUGUAUAAUUAGUGAAAAUAUAUAUAUAUAUAUGUAUGAUUUUAAUAAUAGUGUUUGUUUUCACAGGGUUCCCAUGGUCAUUGAAAGUCCUUAAAUUUUAUUUUAGAAAAUUAAGGCCCUUAAAGGAUACUUAUUUUUGUUAGAAGGUUUUUAAAAGUUCUAAAUUUCAAGCAUCACUAGUUGAUUAAGACAAUUUUUUAGUCUUACAAAAAUGUUUAAAACUAAGAUUUCAGUUCUCUUUUGUCUAAAAUGAGAUUCUGCAUUUAGGGUAGAGCAUUUUAAGAGACAAGAAUACAGGCAAAGGUAAGAAAACAUGCCCUUGUUGUAGUUCUUUUAUUAAAAUAUUCUUCCUUUUGCCUCGAAUGAGGCCCCAUGUGGAGCUUUCUGAAAGAAUAGAAUAGGGUGUGGGUGAGCGAGAUAUUGCAUGCGAAAAAGAAAUUGUACCUUUUUUUUGUCAGUAUCGAGGUACCCACAUUGAUCUACCAUAUCGACAGAGUCCAAGAAAUUCAAUUCUAUUGGUAGUGCAUGCGUUUAUAGAAAAGAAGUAACCAAAAUUUUUGAACUAUAGUUCGUAAAGGAAGCAAUUAUUUCUAAAAAAUUUGAAGAAUUAAAUGUGUAUGAUAUUUUAAAGUGUAAUAAGUAGCUGCAAAUUUUUUAAAAGCAGAAAUAUUUUUUAAAAUGCCCAACUGUACUGAAAAAUAAACAGUUCCAUAAUAAAUACAAUUUUAUCAGUACUUGCAAUAUAAUGAAAUUUUUUUUAAAAAGGUAGAUAACUGUUACUGUGGGUAUAUGUAUAUUUGAUAAUAAAUAAUUAUUAUAUUAUUGUAACGUCUUUUAAAAAUGUACUUAAUUUUUUUCAACAGAAAAGUUUCUAAAACUCAUUAAGUUUGGCUUUGAUAAAAGAGUGGGAACCCUGUUUCAGUAUUAUAAACAUUUAGAUGAUAAAAUUAAUUUUACUUUGUGGAUAUGCUCCUAUAUACAUUGGAACAGCAUUAAAUACUCGCAGCUACUAAUACCCACUAAUUCCCUGAUAUCCCCAUUAAUUGUUUUUAUCGUAAAUAAAAAGGUAAAAUUUGGAAAAUUAGUUUUUAAUAUGUAAUAGUUUGAAUUUAUGCUAAUAUAUUAGGAUGAGUAAAAAGUCAUAGCGGGUCUAAAUAAAGGUUAAAGGUCAAUCAAUCAUGUAUGUUCUCUUAUGUUCAAAUACCUUUUGCCAUCCUUCGGUGAGCUUCAUAAUUCCUGGUUCAUUGAAAGACCUGUCUUUAUUUGCUAAAACUGAACAAAGUGCUGAUUUACAGCCUCAUCUUAAUUUAAGGUUAUUCCACUCAAGGAGUUUUGAUCAAAUCAAAACUAGUGGAAGUCUGACAGCCCAAUGUCUAGUGAGUAUGCUGGGUGGAACAAUACAUCCCACCCAAGCUCCUAUAUUUUUUGACGGGUCACAAAAGACGUGAGUUGGUCUCGCGUUGUUGUGAA